UUUCCUGUAUUGGAGAAAGUAAGUCCGGUAGACUACAGAGUACGGUAUGACAACGGCGGUACCAAAGUUUACCAUGUCAACAUGCUAAAACGCUGGUUUGAAAGAGAUGAAGAGAAUGAGAAGCAAGUUAUAGCAGCAGUAUGUAUUGCAGAUCAUUUGGAAGAGGAUAAUGAGUGCAUUGAGAAUCCCUUGGUGGAUCCAAGAGACAAUUUCAAAGAUGUCAAGAUAUCCGACACAUUGUCUGAGGAACAGAAAACGGAACUCAUGGAAUGUUUACAAGGAUGCAGCGAGGUGUUGACCAAUGUUCCUGGCAGAACGUCGAUAUUGAAACAUCGUGUUGUCACCACAAGCGAUAUUCCAGUUCGCCAAAAACCCUAUCAAAUUCCACAUGCAUUACGGAAUGAAGUGAAAAGAGAGUUGUCGGCAAUGUUAGAAGCGGGUAUUGUGGAAUCUUCGAAAGCAAGUUUGACAGCAAAUCCAAAGAAAUGCGAGUUUGGUUCACAUCAGAUGGAGUCUGGUUCUGCAAGAGUUCAAGUACACGGUUGA